AUGAGCAGCUCGAAGCGCAGAAGCGGCCCUGCAGGCUUGCCCGACGACUUUGCGGCCACGCCAGAUCCCAAGCGACGCAAGCGUAACGACGAUACCCACUUUCCAGACCGCGAAACUCGAGAAACAACAUCAGAACUUGGAUUAAAACUGGUCAGGCAGCUGAAAAAAUCACAAGACAAGAAUGGCCGCAAUGUCGCCGUUCAUUUUAUCGAUCUUCCCAGCAGGGUUGAGUAUCCCGAUUACUAUCAGCAGAUCCCGAUGCCGUUAUCCUUGAACAUGAUCGAGCAGAGGCUGGAGAGUCACGAAUAUGAAACCAUGGAGCAGCUCGAGUCCGACUUGAAGAGAAUGGUCCAGAAUGCAAAGGAUUACAACCAUAGCAAAUCGCCCAUUUUUGAGGACGCAGAGCGUAUUCGGAAGGCAUUAUCGAAUUUUAUGCCAAAGCACAACCCGGCAUAUCUACGUGCUGAUUAUCGCGCUUAUCCUACACCUAUCCCACAGGAACUCUUGGAUCGACCGAGGGAUCCUUCUACCGCGUCAGAGGCCAACGUACCUACUGAGAAGGUCAAACUGAUCUUCUCCCGAAGGCGCCAGAGCGAAGCCACGCCGGCUACUCCAAGCGUCAAGGAUGACGUGAGACAAGAUCAGUUGGACUUUCUGAAGGAGUUAUCGGCGCAAGAAGAUGCAAUCAACUUUGAGGAGAAAGUCUCUAAAAAGGAUUAUCCUGACUAUUAUAGGUUGAUUAAGAGGCCCACUGCGAUUUCAGAUGUUCGAGCCUUGGUAGAGAAAGACGGCGUUCAAGACUGGGAUGCAUUGGCGAAGGAGGUCCGAUUGAUCUGGGACAAUGCAAAGGAAUACAACCAAGAAGGGUCCGACAUCUACAUUAUGGCGGAGAAGCUCGAGUCAUGGUCGGAACAGAGGAUGCAGUCGCUUGGUGCUCUCCCCCGGAGGAAUCUCAAGUUGUCUCUCUCGCAACCGAAGCCGAAAGCUUUGAGACUCACGAUAGGCUCCUCCACCCCGACACCCACUCUCGUGGGCGGUACCAUCGACAGCGAAUCUCUUCGACGACAAAAGGAAGAAACAGGUCAAGCCCUGAGUCGAGCACAGAGAGCGAGCUCCAGAACCGCUCAACUCAACGGCUCAACACCGGUCCCUUCAAGUGCUGCAGCCAGUGUUCGACGGAGUGUGUCCCAAGUUACGGAACAGCCUGAUGUUGUCGGGACCGAAUCCAAUGCUAAUGGCACGGCUACUCCGCAACCUGAAGAGGCUCCCAAAGCCUCUCAGCCCCCGCCCCCGGCACAGUUACCUACGCCUGUUAGAGAGAUCGACACGCCAGGCCCGGGCGUACCUUUAGCGAAUGGAGUUCGCGGCCACGAUCAACCCUCGCCGCAUCCUGGUCAUCAGCCAGCCUUCAACCAGUCUGCGAUCCCGUUCGAACGUCGGUACCGCGAUCCUGGCAAAGGACUCGAAUCAGCGCUUCUGGGUUCAGUCAUUUUCAUGACCAACCCGAGUCUCCCCAACGAUCCGAGAUGGAAACUCAUACGCCGGGCUUCACCCAUCAGAACACAGACUUCUGGGUUGAUAAGCCUGCCGUCCAACUACCGUGAUAUCCGCAUCAUUCCCGUGACUACGCCAGAACUGAAAUAUCGACGUCGGCACCGAAUUAUUGUCUUGCAUAACAUGCACGUGUAUCGAGAACCCAACUCAACGGUCCCCGGUGCAUAUGAUAUCAAGUUAUUCCCGGGAGAGAACACCCUGUCGGUUGAAGUUCUGGCCGAUCUAAGAGAUGGAGAGAAAAAGGAGUAUGCGCCUCCUCAGUUGCAAUUCGAUUUUGAGAAGUGCACGUUGAUUGUUGAUCUUAAGACCCAAGUGUCUUGA